UUCGGUCUAAGUCAGCGAUUCGCAGGUUGCUCAACAGGGCCCAGAACUGCCUUAAUGUAAGUCAAGGGCACCGCCAGCCUUUCAUUUUGGUCUGAUUACUUUUUAAAGUCUUAAAGCAAAGAGUCCUACUCGGCACCUUGUCCUUCAAGGGGCCCAGGUUCCCGUUUUCCUGUACUUACGCGGAGGGGCACGCUCGGGCCCGGCUGCAAACCCUGGACUCCUGCCUCGCAGCUCUGUUUGUCUUGGACUUUUAUCAAGGAGGGCGGGGCGGAAAGUUCUGCGUGGGGGCUGAGAUGUCAGGCACAGCCCCCUGGCCUUUCUCCCAGCCAAACAGUUCUGAUAAGUGGUCAGGCCUUGAGCCCGGAGACCCACAGACACACUUGGAUGACUUUACGGAAAUCAGUUGGCCAGUCCCUCCGAGGGCUUGGACCCGCUUCGGAUGCGCCGCCUGCCAGCGCCGCAGACAUGGCCAACGAGACCAACGCCUCCAGCCCGUACGACGGCUACGAGUACUACCUCGAUUACCUGGACCUCAUUCCCGUUGAUGAGAGGAAGCUGAAAGCCAACAAAUAUUUCAUUGUCAUCACCUUCUGGGUGAGCCUGGCGUCCUUCGUCAUGCUUCUCUUCCUCAUCCUGCUCUACAUGUCCUGGUCAGGCUCCUCACAGGGGAGGAACAACGCCCAACACCACGCAACAUGCCCCUGGAGUCACAGCCUCCACCUCCCCCUCUGCGUCCGGGGGCAGCCCUCCGGCUCCACUGAGCUCGGCCGGAGCCCCGGGCAGCCGAGCACGCAGCCCUGA